AUGCUCUUUGGCUCACAGUACGACGAAGAUGGUUGCACUGAUCAUAGUGGCAGUCCUGCGACACCACCACCACCGACACCACGCAAGAAAAAAUACGGCGUGACGUUGUCUCGUAAAGGCAGCAAGAACAACAAUCGUCGAGAUCGAGACCGAGGACGUCCUAGCGCCACUGCUUCUGUCAUUGCAGCGAGUCCAAUCAGCCCUUCGGUUGACUCCAUUCCCUCGUCUUCUACGACCUCUGUGUCCUAUUUACUGACCAGUCAGCGCAACGGCAGCAAUGGCAACGUGAAUCAUCCGGGUUUCGAGAACAAGGCCAGUGCCUAUGGCAACAAUAAUACAGCAGUAAAUGUCGCAGCGUUGCUGCCAAAGUUACGACGACGAGGCAUGAAGAAGAAAGGAGAGAGAUUGAAAAAACUCAAGCGACCAGUGGACUGUCAAUGUAUGUAUCCAAGUGUCUGGAAGCACUUGCAAUUCCGGAAAAAGGUCGUGCAGUUGGCCACUAAUUUAAGUGGAAAACCCAUCUGCGUGACGGGUGUAGAUGGCUUUUUGGCUUCGUGGAUCGUGUGUGAGCUGCUUAAUCGUGGCUACCAAGUACGAGGCACCGUACAGAACGGUAAGGACGAUAUUUCGGGACUAUUGCAACUCCCCAACGCGAGCAAGAAUUUUUCAGUCGUAGAGACGUCACUUUUGACACCUGAGGCUUGUGACAUGGCUGUUCAAGGGUGCGACUUUGUCAUUCACACAGGAACUCCUUCGUCCUGUUCGGUGCGAGACCCGUUGUCUGAGAAGCAGGAGCCAGGAGUACACAGUAUUGGUAGUCGAAUGCACUGUAUCAUUCCCAUGAUGACAAACUUUAUACAAGCGUGCGCACGAUCACGUAUCAAAAGGGUCGUCUUGACUUCGUCUAUUGCUGCAAUGGCUGACUCAGUGACACCGGGUUCGAUCAUUAAUGACGCCUGUUGGAAUGUAACUUCAUCGCUGGAGAAGAAUCCGCACUUUUUGAGCUUGAAGCUGGCCGAGGAAGCUGCAUGGCAGCUUGUGGAUCAAUUGCCGAGCGACCGUCGCAUUGAUUUGGUAACGAUGAACCCGGGGACUUUGUAUGGCCCGAUGCUUUUGAGGUCGAAACUCGCGCCUGGAAACCAAGUUAUUUACGACUUAAUUACGGGCAAAUACUCGGCUUUGGUAGAUCUGAAUUGGAGCAUGAUUGACGUUCGUGAUUGCGCCGUAGCGCAUGUUGCGGCUUUGGAAAACAACGACGCUCGUGGGCGAUACAUUUGCGUCAAUAAAAGUGUGUGGAUGAAGGACAUUGUGGACGUAUUGUCCAGCAAUGGUUAUAGUGGCCGUGAUUUGCCGUGGAAGGUGGGCUUGCCUAGAUGGGUUGGGCGUCUGCCAGCAUACUCGGCACAGCUCGGGCAAGUCGGCGCUUCACUGUACACUUACGAUCCCACCUCUGUGCGAUCGUCGCCGUAUCUAGGUGACAAACUGGUAGAGCAUCUAAACAUCCGUUUCCGCUCGGUUAAUACGACGAUUGUGGAAUCAGCAAACGAUUUACUGAAGUGGGGGCUUAUAAAACCUUGGGCAGAGGAUCAUGAGGCACUUGAAUGUGGUUGCUGCCACCAUGCGUUCACAUUUUACCGACGAAAACAUCAUUGCCGGGAAUGCGGCGUGAUUAUUUGCAAUGACUGUUCAAUGUCUCGAGCGGUUGUAGAAGGAACCGAAGGGCGUGCGCGGCUGUGUGAUAUGUGUGUAAAGAGUUGUAUUCCAGACCUUCUUGAUCUGUUGAGGGAAGAAGAUCCCGACAAGAAGCGCACAGCGGUGGUCGCAUUGGAGUCUUUGAUGGAAAAUCCGUUGAACCAUGACUAUAUAACUCGUUUUGGCGGUAUCCUGUUGUUAAUGGACGCAAUCCAUUACCCUGAUGAAUCAAUCUCGUCACAUGCUGCUGGCACGCUUUGUGCCUUAUCGUGCAGUGUAUCUAGCACACUCCAAAUGGUGCUCGAAGGAGCAGUUUUACAGAUGCUGGAAGUCGAAGAAAUGUUAAGCACAUGGGCCAUUUGUUUACAAGCACUUCGCAAUAUUUGGAAGCAGAUUAAUCGACAAGAUUUUCGGCGGAUGUUAUACGCUGUCGCACGAGUAUCUGCCGACGCUAAAAUUGGAGAACUUCGUGGCAACAUCUUGCUUACUUUCGUGCACAUGAUGGAUGUUGAGGAGAUUCCAAGCCUAUUGUCCGAAGGUCUGCUUUCUGUGUUGUACAACAUGCUGCAGUCGACCGCAGAGUUUUCACGCUGCGCUGCUGCUCACGCUAUAAAGCAUUUGGUUCCACCUGGAUAUGACCCGGAUGUGACGAUUAAUGUGCCGCCGUAUCUUGUGGAUGACCACGAGGAGCUUUUUCUAAACUCGUCUCUGUCGGACCUACAGUUCCUCGUGAAGGGCCACAUUGCUCCUAUCAAUGCUCACAAGGUCGUCCUUUUCUUCCGCAAUUCUUACUUCAAGAACUUGGUCAAAUUUGGUUCAACAACCAGUCAGACCGCUGUGAUCGAAGUUGACAAUUGCAGUUACGAAGUCUUUUCGAUUCUGCUCCGUUUUUUGUAUACCGGCAAAGUUGACAUGACUGCGGAUGUGGCUGAAGAGUUGCUUCGGGCGUCGUCCUAUUAUUGCGUGUACGAGUUGCAGAAGCGUACGGAGGCUUUCCUUAGCGGCCAGAUUUGUGUGGAAAACGUUGUGGAUCUAUUGACGCUGUCCGAAGAAUGUAACGCUGACGAUCUGAAGAAAAACUGUGUACCGUUUUUGAUGCGACACAUUCACGACGUCGUCCGUUUGCCCGCUUUUGAGGAGUACCGUGUCCGCUCAAGUGAAGAAGUACUGAAGGCGCUAACGAACAUGCUCGGACCGGAGUGGGAAGCAAGUUAUGCAAAGGUAAAGAAAUCAAUUGGAAACAAGGACAAGAAGAAUGAAGUGGAGCGUGUUGACGCUGCGAAGACGGACGAAGAGGAAGAUGUGUUUCCGGUCGUGCAGCAGGUGAACGAAAUUGAGGAAGGGCCGCUAUCGCCGCGUUUUCUGUUGACACCCGUGCCACCUCCUAGUUUUUCAGGAAAUCCGUCGGCAUUUGCCACGAAGUCACCGCGGUUGAAUACUGUUGGCGAAGAUGUGGCGACUGAGGGUUUACAUUACAUGAAGACGUUUGGCAAUGAAGACAUGCUCUUCCGUCGUUCUCGCAACUUUUCGGAGGAUUUCUCCGAGGGGAUAUCGGAAGGCGUGUGCUAG